AUGAUGUAUACACCACCACCUUCCGAAGACAUUGACAUGGAACCACAUACCGAUCACCGAUCGGAUACUAGCAGCUAUGCUUGUGAAGCUGACAACCCAUCAUUUCGUCCAUACAUUCUUCAAGCGGAUGAAGUAAAGGGUGAAGAGUUUGACAUUACUCGUGCGAAAUACUCGACAUCGCUUGAUCCACGUGGCUACAUUCCAGUCUAUGAAUAUACAGUGGGCAAUCAACCUAUUAUGUGGGAUCGUGAGACAGGCUUUGUACAUUUCACUGGUAUCUGGAAGUGUCUCGGCAACUCCAAGGCCGACAUUGUUCGAGUGGUCGAUUCGAAUCCGGAAUUGGGAGUGACCAAGAUUCGUGGUGGGUUCCUCAAGAUUCAAGGCACAUGGAUGCCAUUCGAAUUUGCCAAGAUUCUUUGUCUACGUACAGCGUAUCGUAUUCGUACAAAGCUGAUCCCACUCUUUGGACCUGAUUUUGUACGUCAGUGUUUGCCACCAUCACAUGAAGACUAUGGGUGUCUCUUGCUUGAUCCUCGUAGUGCACCACCAUCACGUUCAGCGUCUCAUCGUCGAUCCACAACAGCCCAUCAUGCUACUGUAUCCUCUUCUAACUCUGCACGUCGAGUACCACGAUCCGAACCUUAUCAACGUCGUCCAAGUUGUACCUCACGUCCACCACGUCGAUCCUCUCGUACUGUGAGGUCCGCUUCUACAAGUAGCAGUGUUAGCAGCACAUCAAGCAGCAGCACAACAACCAUGUCCGUAGCUCGACUCUUGAAUGAUGACAUGUUGAUGAUGGGACCUCAACCCACACCUUCAUCCUCUUCAUCAACAACCUCAUCACAUCGGGAUUCAAGGUCGCCCACACCUGUGCCAUCACCAUCCUUUACGCAUCUUGAAGCACAUAAGGGAUACAUGCACCACGCGUACCACCACCUUCCCGGUCCACGUUUACCGCCGAUCCGUGCAGCCACAACAACAACAUCAACAACCUAUCAACACUUGUUGCCUGUCUUACGCCCACUCGGUGAUAUCACUGUAGCACCACCCUCACCUUCCGAACUCGCUGUACAAGUAUCUUCAUCUCUUCCCAUGGGUGAUGAUCUCAAUGAUACUAUUCGCACCGCAUUGCUAUUACAACGUCUUUCAGCCGAUACCGGUGAACGCCCUUUUUCUACUUAUGAACCUUGUGUUUUACCCAAACGUGUCACCGUCAACGAUCAAGUUUAUACUGUCUCCUGGGAACCGUAA